AUGCACAAGGACCUCAAGGCAUGGACACAGGCUUGUAUCGCCUGUCAACGGAGUAAGAUCCAGAGGCACAACGAGGCCCCCAUGGGCACCUUCCCUGGCCCCGGUUCAAGGUUCAGCCACGUUCACCUGGAUAUUGUAGGCCCCCUGCCUCUGUCCAAUGGUUGUUCCUAUCUCCUCACCUGCGUGGAUCGGUUCGCUCGGUGGCCUGAAGCUAUUCCCCUGCCUGACAUUGCUGCUCCAACGGUGAUCAAGGCUUUUCUCAGUCGUUGGGUUGCUGUCUUUGGCGCACCCACCAUAAUCACGACUGACCGUGGUGCCCAGUUUGAGUCUAACCUCUUCCAGUCUUUACUCUCCUUUUUAGGCUGUACUCGCAUCCGCACUACAGCCUAUCAUCCGGCAGCCAAGGGGAUGGUCGAGCGGUUUCACCGCCAGCUGAAGGCAUCCCUACGCGCCCCGGCCGAUCCGGAGAACUGGACGGACCACCUUCCCCUGGUCCUCUUGGGCAUCCGCUCCGCUCUCAAGCCGAACCUUGACUGUUACGCAGCUUAA